GCUGUCAGUCGGCUCUUGUUACAAACCUGCCGCUGCUCUUAGCCUGGAAGUGUUAGCUCGCGGUUUAUCCUGGGAUCAUGGUGGUUGACCUGGUUUGUAAUGACCUGACCGGCGGAGCCUCUGAUGACAGAAGCUGUCUAGUCUUUUAAAACCACGUGUUUGUAUGUGAUCUUAAGCUGGGUUCGCCAUACACUGUUUGUUUUUAUAACAAGAGCCUUGAAAAAGCAGCUAGCACUCAGCUAUACUGUAGCUAGUUGAUGAUUUAACGUCAGAACAUGGCAGAGGCUAAUGCUAACGGUCAGCUGGUUGUUUCGAGACGCAGCUACAGACGUGCAGUCAGAAACAAGCGGUUAGCUAAACACUGACAGGUCAGCGUUGAGCUAGCGGGCCGUUGUCAGCAAGGAGCCAGAACAUCUGCAGCAGCAGCAUCAUCAUCAAUGGUGUGUCUACAUCCCGGAGCCGUCACAUUCUCCUGUGUGCGCUCAAUGAACCAUCUCCUCAGCUCUCAGCAUAGCUGCACAUGUAUGGCGUUUGCGAGGCUUGGAGGGGAGUUUUGCCAAGCCCAGCACCUGAUGCUCAUUGUGGACAAGUGAACAGGAGACAGCAGCGAGGCGCAAACACUGCCAUUCGCCCACACAGGUCCUUCCUGCUAUCUUGUUCAACCCAUAUGAAGACAAGCCAACCUUCAGUCUGUCACCUGUCCUGGGGAGUGGGGGAGGAUUUGGACCAGGAGUUUCCUUUCUUCUCUUCUCCUUUCCUGCUUUUACUUCCUUCUUCACCUCUGAAUCUUCUUUGAAUGGGCUAACAGAUUUGAAAGGAAAGAAGGAUAGAUCUUUUUUUCUGGACUUUAGGUGUCCUCUCCAGUCAUCUUCGUCUCAAUCUUCUAAAUUAAAAUUAAAGUUUUCAAGCAAUCAAUUUAAUUUUUUCCUUCACUGCCAAGUUUAGAUUUUCAACUUUUCUGAAAUAGUUAUCUUUCUCUUCUGUGUUUUUAAUUCAACCUACUUUUUGUUGCCAAAGGAGUAGAAUAUAUCCAUUAGUUGCCCAUAAAAUAUUUUUAGUUAAGUUUUUUUUUUUAAUAUUCUAGAUUUUUACUUUUUUUAAAACAAAGCGCUCUUCUAUUCUUAACUUUAAUUCUUUAUCAACAAACCUUUGUUGGUCUAAAAAUGAACCGACCGGCUCCAGUGGAGAUCUCCUAUGACUGUCUGAGAUUCCUCAUCACGCACAACCCCACCAAUGCACAACUGGGAAGGUUUAUAGAGGAUCUGAAGGCAUAUGGCGUUAACACCUUGGUAAGAGUGUGUGCUGCUACAUAUGACAAGACACCGGUGGAACAAGAAGGCAUACAGGUCCUGGAUUGGCCAUUUGAUGAUGGCUCAGCUCCUCCAGACCAGGUGGUGGACGACUGGUUGAACCUGCUGCAGACAAAGUUUAGAGAUGAGCCUGGCUGCUGUGUGGCUGUGCACUGUGUUGCAGGACUGGGACGAGCUCCUGUGUUGGUGGCCCUGGCUCUAAUUGAGUGUGGGAUGGAAUAUGAAGAUGCGGUGCACUUCAUAAGACUGAAGCGUCGUGGUGCGUUCAACUCCAAGCAGCUGCUGUAUCUUGAAAACUACAAACCUAAACUGUGUCUGCGCUCCAAAGACGCCAACGGACAGAGUUGCUGUAUACAGUAGGAAUCUACAACCCCAAAACAGCCUCACCGCAACUUCGUAGGAGAGAUAACUUGUUUGGUAAAAUGUUUCUGUUAAUAUUAAUCCUUGAUAAUUAUUCAAAGCACUUCAUGUAAGUUCAGAAAUGUUAAAGACCUCACUGUGAAGUUCUGCAAAUAUUCUCUGUAAUCAAGCAAAUUCAGAUUUUAAAGAGGUUUUUAUUUCGUUUGACUGUAACCUCACCUAGACAUUAAGCAGAACUGCACAAGUCAUGCAUUAAAGAGAAAACCCACAGUCUGACAGAUCUCAUUUUAAAGGUGCGGUAAACACACACACCAAGGUGAACCACUGAUCUCAAAAAGAUGGGAUUAGCAAAUGGGACAAUUUACUGAGCAAAUGAGAGCGAAUUAAUGUUACCCACACGUCAAACAGAAACACAGCAACCUCUUUAACCCUUUUCAUCCUGUUCAACUCUGUGGUCUCCACCUUUGAACCACUCACCGAUGUUCACGCGUGUCUUCACCUUUUUGAUAUUUUGUUAUCCUAUUUGGGUUUGUUGUAGUCUGUGGUUUUUCCGCACUUAGCAUUUGGAGCACCACUGUGAAAAUGACUGUGGUUAUACAAUCCUGUGAGGUAGCAGUGUUAGCAUUUCCAGUGGCCAACAGUAGUUGUUCUGAAAAACAGUUGUGGCUGUGUUCGUUAUCUGAUGCCACUUUUUCACGUCAUCCCUCGAUAGUAGAAGACACUUGAAUGAUAACAUUAUCUCAUUUAAGAUGUAACAGGUAAUGUUGAGCAUGAGCUUGUGGCGGAUUGGGUGGAACAGUGUUGUACUAUUCAGUUCACCCCGCUAUCUUUGUUUCCCAAAUACAGAGCCAGGGUUUUUUAUCAAAACCAGAUUUUAUUGAGCCCACGAACAAAGUGUACAGCUAACGGUCGCAGGAGAUAUUGGCAGAAUUUGGCUAAAUGUAUUGUGGAUUGAAAUAUACCUACCUUUAACUGUCACUGUGAACUGUGAAGUUUUUUUGGCUGUAAAAAUGGAAAAACAAUCACAAAAGUCAUCCUCUACAUUCAAAGUUACAGUAUAGAUGCAGCUAGAAUAUAUGCUGCUGAUGUAAACAGAGAUUUUCUAAUUGAGAAUUGUGACACAAUUAAAAUGAUUUAGCAUUGAAUAAAUAGUUGGCAGUAUGUGCUUUCAGAAGCAUGCUGGUUUAUUGCACAUCAAACCUCACUGAUUAUUUUUAUUUUGUUUUAAUUUUUCCAAUUACUGACCAAAUGUAUAUCCCGCAGCUGGAUUGUGGCACAGAAAGAUACAGAAUUCAAAUGUAUUCAGAAGAUGAAAACAUUUAAAAAUCUGAGAUAUGUUGUAGCAAACAACAUCACAAUCCAUCUACUUAGUAUUUGUCAGUCAUAGAAGCACAGUCUGCUUCUCGAGAGCAAAGUCACGUCGGCUGGAAAUGUUAAACACCAUCUUUCCUCGUGUCACCACGGCAACACAGCCAAAAUGUUAAAGAUGACUUGAUGAAUGUGUUCUUGAAAGAACACUGAAAGGUUCUGGUAGAUUAUCAUCUUUUAGAUGUUGAAAACAAACAGAAUAACUGACAUGUCCUCAGUCGUUGGCUGCGGUGUUGCGUUCACUCGACACAGUGUCUGAGUGUUAGCACGCGCCGUGUGAUGCAAGUGCUCAAUGAUAUUGAGUGGAAAUGUGUUAACACACGAGCAUGUUAUGUAGCUGUAUAAGUGACAUUUAACAAAGCAGGACUGAUGAGCUUUUACUAACACUAAGUUAACUGAACUCAAAGGACAAUCUUCCAAAAACCUUCUGUGUUUCUACAACAAGCGUGGAACAGGACUGUGAAGCCAACAUGGCUGCCACUGAACACGUAAUGGCCGUUGUCUCUGUCCAGCUCUGUACCCACAUGGCCGUCUGCUCAGCUGCUGUGUUUGUGAGAUGCUGUUGGUCUUUGUGAUGUUCUUAUUUAUUUUCUUUCCCUUGUACCUCUUAUCUAUUUGUACUUUGUGUUUAUUUAUUGACUCCACUGUGUUUCUUUGUGAAAUGUUCGUCUGCUGGGAAAAAACAAAAAAAUUCAAUUAGUCUUGAAAAAUUAAAG